AUGUUGCCCACGGAUAAUACGAGCAGCACCAUAUCGGUGGCGACGAAUGAUGUCCAAAGUUCCUCGACGACAUCUUCGUUUUCACUCGCAAGUGCCGCUACCACUUCGACAAGAACUGUUACCAAUCCCAGCACCGCCUCCACCACGUCCACAGCUCGCUUUCUGGUGAAUGGCCAUGCCAGCGACAUCGCCGGCUUUGCCAGCAAUGGUUCAGGUUUGCUACCUUGGCCUCCAGGAGAGGUGAGAACUCCUACGGCCAGACCAUCUGAGCACAUUGAAAACAAUGACUUUGUUGUGGCAGCGUUGACCGUUGGAUGUGUGCUCCUGCUUCUCUUCGUGUUCUUCAAGCUUUGGAGGCGGCGUGCCGCGCGAGAGUUGGCUCCUGGCGACAUGCAGUUGUCCAGCCUCUCUGAGUGGAUGGGUGCAGAUGAGGACGACGACGUCGUCAUCGCCCCGCCCCAAGAGGAGCGUGCAGCAAAAUACCGUGGAAGUGAUGUGAAAGCGUGUUCGGCUUGCAUGUCUGUGGAUGCUGAACAUGCAGACGACAUUGCGAAGCCAGCGAAGCUGCAGCCGCGACAGUGGUGUGUCAGAUUCAGCUGUGUGUUCUUCAAUGUUCUUAGUGGCGUCGUCAAUGGCUACGACAUUUGCAUCACCACUGGCAUCCUGGAUUCGGUUGACAGAGAUCUUCAACUUUGCGACACAGGUGGUGCAGUUGGCACAUGCUUUCUUAAGGAGGCCGUUAUGUCCUUCGCAAGCAUUGGAGGUCUUGGAGCUAGGCUCUGUGGCCCCACAAUAGCAGAUAGAUAUGGUCGUUCAGCAGCGCUUUUUCUGGCUGACGUGCUGAUCUUGGCUUCCGUCGCAAUGCAGUCCACCACGAGAGCUGUUCCGACCUUCUUCCUCGCCCGCUUUUUGGUAGGUGCUGGAAUGGGCUUAGCCUUCGUGGUGACUCCAACAUACCUUUGCGAGAUUGCUCCGCGAACACAGCGAGGUCUUUUUGUUUGCUUGCAUGAAGUUGCCGUGUGUGUGGGGUGUCUGCUUGGCCUGCAUGUGUCGUCACGAGACACCGCGGAGUGGCAAUGGCAUCAUGUCAUUGCUUUCGCAGCGCUUCCUGCUGCCGUGCAGCUUGUUUUUGUGUGCGUCCUCCCAGAGAGCCCAAGGUGGUUCGCAUUGCGAGGAGAUGUGUGCGGGUUGGACCGUGCUUCUGCUAUGUUGGGCCUGGAAGCCGAGACGGCAGAACUCCGAAAACUAGUGCAGACAGGAGGGGUAACUUCAGACCUUUCCAGCACAGGGGGAGGCAGUUGCUGCAGACGCAACUUGCUAAACUGGCAGAAGCAUCGGCGGCCUUUGAUGAUUGCACUGGGUCUAGCAGGAUGCAACUCGGCGACAGGGACUUUUGCAAUCCAGACCUAUGCAUACGACUUACUUCGAGUCUGUGGCGUGAAGGAGCCCGGUGAAUUGCUGCCAGUCAUAGGAUGGAUGAAGCUGAUCGGAGCUUUGCUUGCAAUGUUCACCUCGGACAGCAAGUUGCUGGGGAGGAGACGGCUUGGUAUCGGAGGAAGCUUCUUCUGUACAAUUUGCGAUGUGUUACUGGCAUUACAUCUGGCUCUGCCAACGUUUCUCACACCUGGGCUUGCUGCUUCUUGUGUUUUCUUUCGGAUACUGUCCUGGAACGCGGGUUAUGGUGGCGUGCAGUUCGUGGCAGUAUCCGAAAUCCUACCCAGUGAGGUCCGAUCUUCUUUCAUGGGCCAGAGCCAAGUUGCGGCCAGCGUCAUUGAUAUCCUGAUCUUCCAGCUCUUCGAGACCUGGCUGUUUAUGGACAAGGUCGCGACGUUCGUGAUAUUCGCCGCGAUAAACUUUGGGUCCUGCCUUUUCGCUUUUCGAUGUCUGCCGGACUUGCGUGGGAUGUCACUCGAGGAGAUCCACGCUGGAUCUUCGAGGUCCUACGGAGUGUUGGAGGAGGAGGAGUCCAAGGAACCCCAGGCUAGAGUGAUUGGAGCAGUCGAGCCCCGCAUGUGA